AUGUGGCCGAAACUCGCAGUGGCCGGCGCGCUGCUGCUCAUACAGGGCGCUGUUGCCGAUGAUUGCGCGUACACGGUGAGUGUUUUGGACAUUGCGGGCGUGCAGUGCGUCUCGUCAGCGCCAUGCUCUGGAACGUACUACGCGUCGGGACUCUCACAGGGCGUGGGCGCCUGCCCCACCGGAACGAGCUGUGCAUUGCUGCCGGAGACGCCCAUUAUGGGGUGCGCUGCGUCGGGACGCACAGACCUCAUUUACGUAAACUCGGACGGCACGUUGACCAAGGACGGCAAGUCGGUGACACUUUCGGGCGCUUCAUCGAAUACGGCGGACUCGACCACGACGGCGCCUACCACUAGUAACACGAACAGCGCCACGAGUAGUAGCUCCAAGAGCACCAGCAGCAGCUCCACUGCUAACAGUGGCAACGGCAGCAACGACAGCUCAUCCACUGCUGACAGUAGCAAUGGCAGCAACGACAGCAAUGCCAACUCCGGCUCGGGCUCCACUACCGCGUCGGGUUCAAACGGCUCCGAUGCAACUGCGGACAGCAGUAACUCGACGGCAACUUCCGCCUCAUCGGCGGCCAACUCCAGUAGCUCCACGUCCAGGUCGUGGCGUUCAGACUCCGGCUCUGGCAGCGUGACCAUCUCGCCCGGCAGCAGCUCGGCGAACCAGCAAUCGUUCAACCCCGGGUCCAUUCUAAGCGACGGCUCGAACAAGACCAAGUCUGGGGAUGGUGGUGGCCUCGGCAUUGGCUCUAUCAUCGCCAUUGUCGUGGGUUGCUUAGCGGUCGUAGCUAUUGCGGCCGGCGCGCGGCUGCUGAGGAAGGGCAAGGAGGCUGAGCUGGCAACGCCUGAAGCACCAGGUGCGAUGGAGGGCUAUAAUAACGGCGGCGGCGGUGGCGGCAUGACUCCCAAGGAGAACGUGCUGCUGCUCUAA